UGUUUACACGUUACAAGCAAAUGACUCGCUCGAAAAAUACCCAGUGUACUGUCAAAUGGCUGAUACAGCUGGAUGUGGAAAGGGAGGCUGGACACUAGUGAUGAAGGUGGAUGGCAACAAGAAUGAUUUCAACUACAGUUCUUCCUACUGGACGAACAAGAAAACUUUUGCAGUCGAAGAUGGUUUGGAAGGCUUGUCAGAGAAGCAAACAAAAAUGGCUUCCUACUGGAACACACCGUUUACCAGAAUCUGCCUUGGAAUGAAGGUCAACGAUGUCACAAACUGGAUAACGAUUGACAAGAAAGCUAGGUCGCUGUUCGAUGUGAUCGCUGGCGGAGCAACAACUAGGACAACCGCUGGAAAGGAAACGUGGAAAUCGCUGAUCGCGGGCUCAUCGCUGCAAAACAACUGCAAUGAUGAAGGGUUUAACCUGAGAUGUCAAAUUAACGAACUUUACAUGCGUGUUCGAAUUGGAUUAGUUGCGAAUAAUGAAGUCACCUGUGAUACCUGUGACUCGUAUAUUGGACUUGGUGUUUCGUAUCUGGGCUGUGGUAUUCAAUCUACAAUAACAUGCGGCAACUUGGCAGUGUGUCACAGCUCUUCCCAUUAUAAUGCUGACACCUACAUCUGGGCAUUCGGUUAUAUACUCGUCCAGUAGCAGGUCCUAUAGUGUAAAGAACUAGGAAGCUAGAAUCGUAGGAGACUCUAGUAUGUUCCGUGUACUUUUUAUAUAGAGACGAUUUUGAGGUAUUGAAAUGGCCAAACAAGCAUAUGCUCAGCCGGC